AUGAUCGUGGAUGCAUUCUCCCGACGGGCGGCUCCGGCUUGCAGUCUGGGCAGCCCUUGCCGCACACCUAGAGUAAUUGUUAGCAAUCGUCCAUGGAUGCCCUUUCUGCACCUGCCGGUGCUUUCCUUGGCGCCACGACGGGGCCGUGGCGACUCCUCUGUGGCAGGCGUUGGUGUCCCGGAACAAGGGGAGCUCGCUGCGACGAAGAAAAACCUGCGCGAGGCGUUAGAUAAGAUCGACCUGCUUACGCAGCAGGUCGGUAUAGUUGAGGAGCUGCAGCUGCAAAUGGUAGAACAGGACGAGCUCAUCGCCGAGCUCGAACAGCUUAUCGAAAGCGACAAACGCAAGCAGGACAAAGAGCGGGAGGCCCUGACUGCCCAGGUCGCAGCCGCGCAGGAACGCCUCGCAGCGACAUCUGUGGAGCUGGAGGAAGCCCGCAGCCGCCUCAGCGCCUUGCCAGCCAUCGAGCAGCUUCAGGCAGAGGUGGCUCGCCUGCAGGACGCGGAGUCCAAGCUGGUGGCCGCCCAGGCACAGGUAGCACGGCUGUCGGAGCUAGAAGCGUUGCAGGAGCAUCAGAAGCUCCUGCAGGAGCAGCUGCAGGAGCAGCGUGACAGCCGGGCGACAUUGGUGCAGGACCUGAACGCUGCACAGGAGCAGCUGCUGGCGGCACAGGCGGCGGCAGCGGCGGCACGGCAGGAGGCGCAGGAGGCCCAGGAGGCCCUGGCUCGCAAGGUGGAGGAGCUGGCGGCCAUUGAGGCGGAUGUGGAGGCCAUGCGGAAGACCAUGAGCAAGGGCGGCAAGAAGGGGAGGCCACCCAAGGUGCCCCCGCCGCGGGGCGGCGGCAGCAAGGGCUUUGCGUCGCCCCCGCCGCCCCCGCCGCCACCCCCAGUUGCAGAUAACCACCUACGACAAGAGCUCAAGCAAGCGCAGACUGAGCUGGAGCAGCUUCAGGGCACUCUGGAAGAGCGUGAGGCCCAGCUGCAGGCUGCUCAGAGCGCAGUGGAGUUCCUGACCAGCCAGUGCAAGGAGCAGGAGCUCCAGCUGAAUGCGCUCCAGGCCAAGCUGGAUGAGACCAGCUCCGAGCUGCAAUCCCGACUGGCGGCCGAGGUGCAGCUGCAGCAGCAGGUGGAGGGGCUGACCGUGAAGCUCAGGGCGGAGGCAAAUGACAAGGCCACAUCAGUGGCAGUUCUGACACAGCAGUUGGAGUCUCAAUCCCGGGAACGGGCCGCCCUGGCCGCCGAGCGGGACUCCUUGCUGGCGGAGGUGGCGGGUCUGCGCGGCAGUGUGGGGGAGCUGGAGGAGCGGAGGCGGCUGCAGGAUGUGGCGCUGGGGGAGCUGGACGUGUCGCUGCAGGAGCUCAGGACAGAGGUUGAGACCGCUCAGCAGCUCAAGGUGGAUCUGGCCAUCCUGGCUGAGGCCUUCAGCGCCAAGGAGGGAGAGCUGGAGGCGGCUCACAGCAGGUUGGCAGCUGCGGAGGGCCGAGAGGAGGACCUCAGAAGGCAGGUGCAGCAGGCGGAGAGCAGCCUCAGAAGCCUCACGGUGAUGCUUUCGGAGCUGCAGUCCACAAACACGGAGCUGGCUGAGCGGUUCGAGGCGCUGGAGGCGUCCUUCAGGUCCACCAGCGAGCAGAGGGCGGAUGCGGAGGCUCGGGCCGCGGAGACAGUCCGGCAGCUGGGGGAGGUGCGGGAGCAGGCGGCAGUGCUCAGAGAGCAGCUCAGUGCCAAGAACAAGGCACUAGCUGAGACCGCUCAGGCCCUGGCCGAGGCCCAGGCUGCGGAGGCCAGUCAGCGCACGGCGGCGCAGACCCUCAGUGAGAGGCUGGCGGCGGAGCAGGCGGCCGUCAUCAAACAGACCCGGGACGUGGAGAUGUUCAGAGAGCAGGUGGUGGUGCUCAAUGAACAGAUCGCUUACUUGUCAGGUUCCGAGAGCAGCGUGAAGAAGCUCCAGGAGGCCCUGCGGCGCUCCGAUGGGGAGCUGGCGGAGCUCCGGAACCAGCUGGCGGAGGCGCAGCGGCAGGUGGCGGAGGCGGACAGCAGCACGGAGGCGGCGGACAAGGCCACGGAACGGCUCCAACGGGAGCUGGCGGCCGCCACUGCUGCCCUGACGGAGCGCGAGUCGGCGCUGGCGCUGGCUCGUCGCGCCGCGGAGGCGACGGAGCUGGAGCUUCGCACCGCCCGGCGUCAGACGGAGGCGGCGGCGACGGAGGUGGCGGGCAUGCGUGCGCAGGUGGCGGCGCUGGUGAGCGAGCUGACGGCUGUACGGCAGGACCGUGACGCAGCGUCACGUGCGGAGUUUGAGUCGUUGCGGCAGGUACAGGCGGAGUUGGCGGCGGAGGCCGCAGCCACGUUGGAGCUGCUGAACAAGGCGGAGAGCCUGGUGCUGGCGGCCUCAGAGCAAACCUCCAUGUCCAGCGCUGUGGACGUCAACGCAUUGCUGCAGAAGGCGCAGAAUGUGAGAGGCGGAGGGGAUCUGGAUGUGCAGACGGAGCUUUGGGAGGCUGAGAGGCAGCGGUCAGCCUCCCUGGAGAGGGAGGUCACCGCGCUGUCCGAGCAGCUCCGAAACACGGCACUGGGCAGGAGGGUUGGCGGUGCGGUGGGGGGAGGAGACGAGGUGGGCAGCGGCAGCGGGGCCAGCAUGGCGGGCACGCUGACGGCGGCGUUCCUCAACGCGCGCGGUGUUGGUGUUGGCGGUGGCAACAACAUGCGGGAAAUGGAGGCGGCAAAUGUUAAGCUUCUGGAGGAGCUGAACGCGGCCCGGGACAGCGCGUUAUCGGCGAAGUCGGAGGCCGAGGCCCUGCAGACCCGGGUUCAAUUCCUGGAGCGGGAGCUUCGUUCUCGCGAUGCGCUGAUCACUGAGCUACGCAGCAGUGGGGUGCCGCGGGGCAGCCGGCAGGCCGACGCCCUGGUGCAGCAGCUCAAGUCGUUGCAGGAGGAGAACACGAAGCUCAAGCAGGCAGCUGCGCGCCAGCAGCAACUGCUCAACCAGACGAAGAGGUUUUUCGAGAAGAAGAUCAACCCCAACAACAGCACAGAUCUCACGAUGCUGACGGCGGGGGCGGGCUCCGGCGGGGGCUCGCCUUCGCGG